AUGGCUACUGCAGAACCAUCUCCAAUCCCCGGCCCUAGUCGUCCUCCUCGAACCCGGAUUCGUCGCCCAAGAAGAGGCGGCCAUCAAAAUGCUGGACCUGCGCCAGCAGAUAUCAAUGCAAAUGCCACUCCAAAUCCAGCAGCACAAGUACCAAAUGGCUCUUUAGCUCUUCGCCCGGCUUCUAUAGUACCAUUGUCGAUCUCAGAUGCUCCAACUCCAUCGAAUCCACGAAAUCCGAUUGCAAAUAAUCGUGGCGGCCAAGGUAGAAGAGGUGGAUUUGGACGAGGUGGCCGAAGAGGAGGUCCUCGUGGGCAACCUAUGGCCAACGGGAGGGUUUUUGGGGGGCAACUUACUUCAAACCCCCAUAUUGGUUCUACGUCGGACGCUGGUUCUUUGGCUGGAGAUGCCCCAUCAUUUGUGCCUGGACAACCUCUUGCCACCCGGGCUGGACCCUCUAGAGCUCCGCGCGCACGUCGAAUGUCGAAAUCGCAAGCUCCAGAUCUUGCCACUCGAACACACGAGGAUAUCACGAAUGGUCAAUACGAGUGCGUGAUUUGCACCAACGAAGUUUUACCAAAUUCAAAGAUAUGGACAUGUAAGACUUGCUGGUCGGUUCUACAUAUAUCGUGUGUCAAAAAGUGGUCGAAGAACGAGGUCUCUACGCUUCAGCAACGAGCAGUUGAAAAUGGAGAAUUACCACCACCGAGACAAUGGAGAUGUCCCGGCUGCAAUUUACCCAAAGAAGAUGUCGCAUUAUCGUACACUUGUUGGUGCGAAAAGGAGGUCGAACCUCGUUCAGAAGCUGGAUUACCACCACAUUCUUGCGGCCAGUCUUGUUCGAAGAAACGAGUUGGACAUUGUCCUCAUCCGUGUGACCUUAUUUGCCAUGCUGGACCUUGCCCACCUUGCGCUCAUAUGGGACCUUCACUUCCCUGCUUUUGUGGCAAGGAGACUGUUUCAAGAAGAUGUUUAGACACGAAAUACGAGAGCGGAUGGGGCUGUGGACAAAUCUGCAAUGAUGUACUUCCAUGCGGAGAACACAAUUGUGAAAGAAGUUGUCACGAGGGCAUGUGUGGUAGUUGCGAAGUACUCAUUGAAUCUACAUGUUAUUGUGGUAAAGUUGAAAAGACUCUACCUUGUUCAGAACGUGGCGAAGAGCGGGAAAGUCAAGCACCAGCCAGUGCACUUGACGAUGAAAGUUCGGCUACGAGGACAUGGGUUGGCUCUUUCGACUGUGGUUCUGAAUGCCGCAGACCUUAUGAUUGUGGUAGACCAGAACAUUAUUGUGAGAGCAGAUGCCAUUCUCAAGACUUGCUGCCUGCACACUGCCCAUUUUCGCCUGAUGUUGUUACGACUUGUCCUUGUGGCAAAACAUCGAUUUCUACCCUCCUCGAAAACCCACGAACCGAUUGUAAACAGCAUAUUCCUCACUGUCGAGAAAAGUGCGAACUGCCGCUGAAAUGCGGACAUACUUGUCAAGGCAUUUGCCAUGAAGGCGAGUGCCGACCAUGCUUCCAGUCAGUAUCAAUCACUUGUCAGUGCGGAAGGACAACGUCAGAUACUAUGUGCCAUCAAGGGACGGAUCAGAAACCUCAGUGCCCUCGAGUAUGUCGAUCAACACUCAACUGUGGGAGACACGAAUGUGGUGAGCGAUGUUGUUCUGGCGAAAAGAAAGCAAGUGAACGACAAGCCGCAAAACGAAAGUAUCGAAAUUUGAAUGUCCCGGCGACGGAAGAGAGCAUUGAGGCUGAGCACAUUUGUCUCAAAGUCUGUGGACGCCCACUCAAAUGUGGUAACCACGCUUGCGCGGAGCUUUGCCACAAGGGCCCUUGCCGGUCAUGUCUUGAAGCUAUCUUCGAAGAAAUUAGCUGUGCUUGUGGCCGUACCGUUAUGCACCCGCCAAUACCUUGCGGAACGAAGCCUCCCGAGUGCCGUUUCGACUGUACAAGGCAAAGAACUUGUGGUCAUCCACAAACUAAGCAUCACUGUCACCUCGAUGGUGAACCAUGCCCGAAAUGUCCAUUCCUUGUAGAGAAGCCCUGUAUCUGUGGUAAACGGACCUUGAAGAACAUUCCAUGUUGGUUUACUGAAGUUCGAUGUGGCUUGCCAUGCGGGAGAAAGCUAAAAUGUGGAAUACAUUCCUGUCAAAGUCUUUGCCAUCGGCCCGGACAAUGCGAAGAUGCAACUACGCCAUGUCAUCAACCAUGUGGAAGGCAGAAAACCGUUUGUGACCACACUUGUAUUGACGCUUGUCAUGCCCCUUACCCUUGUAAGGAGAAUGCACCCUGUCAAGGCAAGACGUUUAUAACAUGUGAAUGUCAAAAUCAAAAGCAAGCGGUUAAAUGCCUCGCCUCAAAAUCCAGCGAGGGCAAUUCGAAAAAGACACUGGACUGUAACGACGAGUGUCUCAAGCUUCAACGCAAUGCAAAGCUUGCUGCGGCCUUGAACAUUGACCCCAGUACUCACAUGGACGAUCACAUUCCAUACUCGCAACAGACCUUAGAUAUGGUCAAAGACAUGCUCAAAUUUUGUCAAACCUACGAGCGCGAAUUCCGUGUUUUCGCGGCGGAUUCGUCAGAGAAGAGAUUGAGAUUCAAGCCGAUGCAACCUCAUCAGAGAGCAUUCGUGCACUCUUUGGCGGAAGACUACGGUCUUGAUAGUGAGAGUCAAGAUCCAGAGCCACACCGUCACGUUUCAAUCUUCAAGACACCACGCUUUGUGUCGGCGCCGUUGAAGACUUUGGCGCAAUGUAUCAAAGUCAAGCCAGUGCCAAUUGCAGAAGUUGCACCUUCCUCAAAGGGAUUGGUUGCUACAACCCAGCCGUUCAACGCGUUGUUACUGUCGAACCCCAGGUUUGGUUUGACUAUUGAGGAUAUACACGCCGAACUCUCCCCCGAAUUCGCCAAUGCCGGGCUCGACUUUGACGUAUCUUUCCUACCAUCCGGCGAAGUUGCUCUUCGUGGAAAACCUUCGGAGAAUUGGCAUACGAAAGUCGAAUCAGCGUUGAAUGCCACGCAACAUAGCAUUAGCAAAAAGGUUAAAGCCCUUGAAUUAGCAUCCACCGUUAUCCUCUGCAGUGUGGAUUCGAGUUUAAAUGUAGUCAGGAGAGAAGACGAUCAUCUAGGUGGUGGAUGGAGUCAAGUGGCUAAAGGAGCAAGCGGAAGCAAAGCUCCAGUGAGGCCCGACAUAGGUGUCAAAAGCAGCUUCACCGUUUUGGGAAACAGAUCAUUGAUGAAGAAGAAGAAGGUAGAACAAGAUGCGGUGGAUGAUUGGGAAAAGGAAGUGGAAGCUUGGGAUGCUUAA